AUGAUAGGCCAAUCGCUGAACGAUGAUGUGCUGUACGUCGUUGCGAAUUCUCUUGACGUCGAGUCUAUGCUAAAGCUAGCAAAUACCUCUCGUUCACUUUACAAUGUCAUCUCGCCCGCAGCUUUGCGUAAAGACUUGUGCAAAAAUGGCAGGUCCAUUUUCAGUGCGACAAGAAACAAUGAUUUUCUACUCCUCGAAAAGGUCCUUCGCUCCCCGGUCUUUGAUAUCAACAAAUCUUAUCAGAGAGAGGGAAAGACCACAUCUGUCCUGCAAUACGCUGUCGAGCACGCCUCAGAAGAGGUAUUUAAGAUUCUGACAGUUCCAGUACUUUUUCAGGCUUUUCUAGACUAUACGGAUAGUCACCCCUGGAUCAAUGAUCAAGGCGGACGCAACAACAUUCUCGGCGAGGCAAUUAGACAUGGCAGAUCAGACCUCAUUAGCUACAUUGUUGAGUCCCUCAAUAUUCAAUCCCUCCCACCCGGCUGGCCCACGCACUUUGAUCCACGACAGUUCUGGGAUCUCGACGACGCACCUCUUGUGGCUGGGCUUUCCGGCCGGAAAACUGCGAUUGACCCCGAGACGAUUCGCAUGCUGUCCCGAUACAGCGAUCCUGAGACCUUUGUCGGCGUCAACGGCAACCCUCAUUGUGAGCUCAAGAGCUAUUAUCCGGAGGCCCCUUAUGUGGUGGCUCACGCUUCACCAGAUCGACUGCGGCAGUGGACAUCCAAUUCUUUGCAUAUCGCAAUGAUGCUGCGACAACACCCCGAGGCUAGGAAUGACGUUCGAUUGGAAACCCUUGAAGCCUGGCUUGACGCUGGCGUUCCUGUCAACCAGCCUGAUGGUGGGCUUGUGGACCUUGAUCAUGUGAACCCCUUGGUGAGUUACUUCCGAACGCCGCUCGACUUCGCAGCCGAGGGCCUAGAUCUCGAGGCAAUGGACUUUUUGAUUCGCAGGGGAGCAGUUGCAAAUAUUCUGGGCGUGGAUAACGGGUCUCUUACAGCGUCGACUAGAUUCACAGAUCUUACCACGAUGUCUUUGCUGUUCGGCCAUAGACUAUGGCCUCAUUCUGUGGAAAGAGGCUGCUCCAUCCUGGUUCCAAACAGGGACAUUCGAUUACCUGCUGGGUCCACCUACAAGGACAUGAUAUCGCGAAUGCACCAGGAGCGAACAUUCUUAAAAGCAGCAGCACCCGGUUUGAAGAAUGUCGUCUACGCCGUGGAGGAGCAGAUACACGCCGGAAUGCGCUUGCUUGAGGCAAGAAUUGGCCAGCAUCACCUCCCUUUGGUUAUGGAAGAGUCAUCGGGGCUGCCAGUCGAGGUUUUCUCCUUCAUCCACGAUGAGCUUUUGGGAUCGCCGGAUAUUGCUGACUCACUGACGAGACUUUUUGGUAGUUCUUGGAUUGACACGAUGGACUGGAACUUACGGACGCCACUUUUGCAGAUCCUGUCGGGAAUCGCUCCAGUAGACGAGCACAAAUUCUGGUCCAUGGGAAACAACCAGGCUUGGUAUAUUCGGCAAACACUCCACAAACCACAACUGAUUCGUUGGCUGCUGGAGAACGGUGCAAAUCCCAACGCUUGCGAUAUUGAGGGCAUUACACCGCUCAGGUAUGCUCUAUUCCGGCUUGACGUUGGGGCCGUGGAUCUGCUUCUACGGCACGGCGCUGACACUGCCGAGGUAAGUGAUCUGAUCCACCUGCUUCUGAAUUUUAAUCGCCAGGAGUUAUUGCACAACGCGAAUGAUUUCAUGAAGUACGCCCUCGAACUCUGUUUCGUUGGUAUAAGAGACGGAUUUGUGAGGAGAAUCGGCGAGCAAGUUCGCGAAUGGGACCAACACCGCAUGGGAGUUGUAGGCGUUCAACUCCAGACUGCUGAUGGCGAAACAACGUAUUCCAUUACUGUCCCUUCGACGCCCUUGGACUCGUGCCUGGGGCUCUUCCUUGAUACGCCUUUGUGCCUCGGCAGUCGACUCGAAGACAUUUGCCUCGUUGGCGAUAUUGACUCAGACAGACGGGAAACUUUUAUUUGUCGACUCAGCAGACUUAGAUACGUUCUUCAGAGUCAUUGCAACUACAGGCCAGUUCCUGGCAGGAAGAGAAGGACAUCCGCGGGCAGUUUCUCCAUCGAUGAGGGGAAAUCUCCCCCCAAGAGACACCGAGCCAUGUGA